AUGGCCGUCUGCCUCGUCACUCUGGUGCAAGGUGUGCUACUCAUCCUCUUGAGGAAGUGGACUCGACCUGCUGUCGAACCUCGCCAGUUCUGGCUCCAGGACCAACACCAGGCUCAUCUCAAGUGCAUCGCCCUGCCACGUUUCUCCUUCAGCAGUCUGGUGGACGGUGUAACAGCGCAGGCAUCGACCCUCGUAUCACGCGAACAUCCACACGGACGCUUCCUGACCGUGUUGAUGUUCUUGUUAAAUAUGGGGUCGUUUGUGAUGUACCUCGUCCUCACCACCCGGCCUGUAGAGUACUGUGUGGAGGAAAUGGACUCCCUCCUCAUUCUCGACUUGGGCUUUGACAUCAUGUACCUUCUGCACUUUUGGCUAAGGUUUUUCUCAGCCCAGGAUCUGAUGGUCAUGUGGUUGAACUACAAAUCCAUAGCUGACAUAUUUACUGUCGCACCAGCAUGUUUUACAGUUGUCACUGGUCGGGCCUGGCUUGGCCUCAGGUUCCUCCGGGCCUUGUACAUCCUGGAGCUCCCAGUCAUCCUGCAGAUGCUCAACAUCCUGACCAGCAAGACAUCUCAGAAGCUCUGUCGGCUGGGAGCCAUCCUCCUGGGAACCAUGUUUUUUUACGCCGGCCUCAUUCACCUGGUGGAGAGCUCCGGGGACCCCUGGCUUGAGACCCCUGGCUCCAACGCCGCGAGCCGUCCCUACUUCCUGUACGCGUACUUCCUGACGGUGACCAUGUCCACAGUGGGUUACGGGGAUGUCCUAGUCACCACCGCGUCAGGACAAUUUCUGAUCACCGUGUUCAUCUUCAUCUACCUGGGUAUGUUUGCAAGCUUCAUACCACAGAUGAUGGAGAUCCUAGCAAACAGGAAGCGCUUCAACGGGGCAUACUCCACCGUCUUGGGGAAAUCGCAUGUGGUGGUGUGCGGACAUCUGACCCUGAGCAACAUCGAGCCGUUUGUGAGGGAGUUCUACCAUGAGGACCGGGGGGAGGUGAACAUCAACCUGCUCUUCCUUGGGGACUUUUGCCCUGACGCCACGCUGGAGGAGUUCUUUGCGAGUCUCCCUGGGAAAAUCUACUUUUACCAGGGCUCGGUGCAGACCAAGAAGGACCAGGAGAGAGUCAUGAUGCGCAAAGCGUCCGCCUGUGUGAUUCUCUGUGACAGGUUUGCUGCUGACCCAGAUGCAGAGGACUCGGACACACUGAUGAAUGUGAUCUCCGUCAAGAUAUAUCACCCCAACACCAGGGUGAUUGUCCAAAUGUUGAAGCCUAGCAACAAGGUAACAUCUCCCCGCCACUGUCUGAAGAUUCCUGACUGGGACUGGAGUUGUGGCGAUGCGGCCUUGUGUCCGAUGGAGCUGAAGCUGGGCUUCAUGGCCAAGAGCUGUCUGGUCCCGGGGUUGUCUACCCUGCUGGCAAACCUGUUCACAAUGCAGGGUGAGGUGGAGCAAGAGGGAGACUCAUGGAAGAACCUCUACAUGGAGGGAAUGUACAAUGAGAUCUACACAGAGCACCUCUCAUGGCCUUUUAUAGGCAUGACCUUCGCCCAAGCCAGCAAGCUCUGCUUCCUGAAGCUGGGCCUACUGCUCAUCGGCAUUGCAACCUACAGUGAAGACGAGGAGAUGAGUGUUCUGGUGAAUCCUCCGAAGUGCAUCAAGAUCAAGCGGGGGACUCUGGGCUUCCUGGUGGCCAGCGAUGCUAGUGAUGCCGGGAGGUGCAGGCAGUCUGGGCGCCCCUCUCACCCCGGGACUCCCACACCCACAUCCUGUGGCUCUCUGACCUCGGCCAUGAACUUACGACGCCCGUCUCUGGGAGUGCUUCCCUCCAUACCUGAUCUGGAGGAGGAAGGUGACUGGACCAAGGAUCUGGAGACGGAGGGUCAGGUGACGCUCGACUCCACCGGAUUGUUCCACUGGUGUUCCCCCGUCUACCUGGACGAGGUUACUCUGACCAGAGAGAUGGCCAGUGGCCUGGCCUUCCAGAAGCACGUGGUAGCCUGUGUGUUUGGGGACCGGGGCUCCAGGCUUCUGGGCCUGCGGGCCUUCAUGAUGCCUCUGAGAGCCAGCAGCCUGACCAGGCCUGAAGUGCCCCCCGUGGUCUUCCUGGGGGACACAGACUACUUCUUGAGGGAGUGGCCCGACAUCCACUACUUCCCUCACAUCUACUUCCUGCCUGUUGAACCAGAUGAAGAUCUGUUCCCUCCUCCUCCCCUCCUCCACCCCCCUCCACCCCAGGGCUCUCCCAUGUGUCUGGACGACCUGCUCGCGGCGGGGGUGACCCGCUGUGCGCGGACGGUGAUCCUGAACGCAACAGGAUCCACCCAUGACACCGAAACGUUCCUGACCUGCUACACCCUCAACAGCCUGCAGACGGAGGCCCUCAGGCCCCAGACGGAGGCCCUCAACCCGCAGACGGAGGCCCUCAGGCCCCAGACGGAGGUCCUCAACCCGCAGACGGAGCCCCUCAGGCCCCAGAAGGAGGCCCUCAACCCUCAGGCGGAGGCCCUCAACCCGCAGACGGAGCCCCUCAGGCCCCAGACGGAGGCCCUCAACCCUCAGGCGGAGGUCCUCAGGCCCCAGACGGAGGCCCUCAACCCUCAGGCGGAGGCCCUCAGGCCCCAGACGGAGGCCCUCAACCCGCAGACGGAGCCCCACUCACCACGCCUAAAGCCCACCACAGAGUCCAUCCCUCUGCUGCUGGAAAUCGGUAACACCUCGAACAUGGAUCUGAUGAAUGAGACUGAGAGGCUGGAGGAGGCCGACAGCCUGCCCUUGACGGAGGCCUUCGCCCAGGGGAAGGUGUUCUCUGUGGACGUGCUAGACUCCCUCAUGGCCGCCACAUACUUCAACUCCAACGUUCCGCUGCUGGUGUCCACGCUGGUGACGGGAGGGGACUCGCCCUUGCUGGAGACCCAGCUGUUGGAGGAUAACCAUCUGGCAGAAGGGGUCAUGACCUCUGAGCUGUGGGCGCUGCGACACCGCUCCAGACUGACCCAGCUGGCCCUGAAGGACCAGCCUCUCUGUCGGCUCCAGGUGAAGGAGAGAACACACACGCUGAGAACACACUGUGUGUUGUUCAGGGAUCUGUUCAGCCAGGCUCUGGACUCUCUGGAGAUCCUGUGUGUCGGUCUGUACCGUCUCCUCGACCCUCCCAACCGCACCAUGAAGAGGUUUGUGAUCACCAACCCUCGAGGUGACCUCCCUCUGCUGGCCUCAGACAGGACCCUGGGUGGGAAGCUCCACCAGCUCCCCCUGGAGGUGGUGCUCCUACUGAUCGUAGGACAUGGUGGGGCGGACAUGGCUGAGAAGGCCAGGGGUGAGGGGUGA